UUUCAGUCCAAGUAAAAACAUCCUUACCUUUGUUAUUAUGACUAUGAGCUCAUUCGUCAAUUUUACAUGGACAACUUAAUUCCACCCAUGUCUCACGUCCUCACCUGAGUAAGCAAAAGAUAUCUAGACAAAUAUAAGAUGUAAAAUUUAGUUGUGUUUUAGCAUUGAUAUUAUGAUUAGGGUUUUUACCUAAAUAUUACAAAUAAAUAGACAACAGAUAAAAAAAGUGACAUUUUUUAAAUUUCAAAAUUGUGAAUAAUAAGUAGUAAGCUAACUAGUUUACCCCUAGUGACAUGACAUGCUACACUGACACAAACAUAAUCACAUCCACCACUGCCGCCACUUGACCAGUGACCAUCGCCGAUCGUCGACCAUAGUGACACCAGCCAUAGUGCCACUACUCUAGUGAUACCACACAGCGACAUCCACCACCUCCUCCUCCUUUAACUUGUGACCGGCGUCGGUGUCAGCCACAAUGACACAACUUCAGUGACACUACCCAGUACACCGUUCAACCAUGCCUCAUCCGUUGACCUCCGCCUCGCCUCUUCCGAUUGCCGCCACCACCUCCACAUCACUAUAAUGGCUGCUGUCGCCCCUUCCGGCAACGGCCGCUGCACUGCCCCUGCCCUCCCCAACCCCCUUGUCAACCCCAACCCCGAUGCAGCCCCUCCCAUGCCCCAACCUGACCACCACCCUACCAACCCCCUUCGUAGCCCCCCUCACCUUCCCGGCGAGGGUCCCUUCCCAGCCCGCUCCCCAGUUGCUCUAACCCCUGUCUCCCUAGCAAAAAAUUCCAGAUCUGCGGCGGAUUUGUUCAGCCCCAAGGCGAACGACAGAUUUUCCUUGGCCACGAAAUUCAUCGUCGACCAUCAAAUUUUCUCCUGUCGCACCGAUGAAGCUCUCAGAAGACAGAGUUUCUCGUCGCCGUUGCCGCCAAAUUAGAAGGUCGACCCACCGUUGUGCACAAUCUUGUCUCUAGUCUUAAUUCAACGAAUGAAGGCCAAAAAUCCUUCGGCUGCAACGGUCAAAUGGUUGUUGUGGUUGUGGCGGCGUAGGUGUUGUCUUGGCUGGAGGUUGGGUGGCUUGGAGCCAGGGGAGAAGAUGGAGGUUUGAUGGCUAGAGGUUGGAUGGCUUGGAGCUGGGAAGAAGAUGGUGGAUCAGUAGAUUUGUGCGCGGAAGUAAAGGGAGGUGAGAUGCCGGGAAUAAGAUUGGAUGGGUUAAGUUGAAUGAGGCUACUUGUUUGUCUAGAUUAAAAAUAGUCAUAUUUUUUUCUAUCUAAAGCCCAUAGGUAAUAUUUUUGCCAUAAUGCAGUAAAGACAUCUAGACAAGUAUAAGAUGUAUAAUGCGAGGGAAAUACAUAAAUAUGGACAUUCUUAUACAUAAGUUAAUAAUAAAUAAACACACUUAUAUUCAAUAAUUAUAAUAAUCCAAUGUGUUCAAAUAUAGAUUGUCUUGCAUAUUUAAUUUUUCUUUUCAGAUAUUAUUUCGCAUAUGAGCGCAUACCAAUUAAGGAGCAAACAAGAUAUGCAACACCUAUAGGUUCAUUGAAAGUGAGAUUGACGAACUCAAGCAAAUUCACAUCAUCCGAACUUGCAAAUUGUUACUUACAAUUGCAAGACUAAAUCUUGGUUGCAAAAGUAAGACAGAAGCCUAGGAGGUGGCAAAAGAGGUGCAAGGUGGUGAUCUUGAUGGGUUAACGGAAACGGCCAGACACUUCUGCAGCUUUUAUAUUUAGCUCGUGUUUUCCAUCUACGUUUCUCAUAAUACUAAUUUUUGAAGUUCCGUGCAAGAAAACCCUAAGUUAUUUUGGAUUUUAUUAUGGUGGUUGUAUUUUGUAAAUUGGGUUGAAUUGUGUUUUAAAUUUGAGACUUGGAUGAUUGCACCGUGACAAGUCUUUGUAUUGAGUUGGUAAUGUAUCCCCCUAGAGCGAGGUUGUUAUUACAACUUAGACUUGAGCCAUGAAUGUAUUGUUGAAUUAUUAGACGUGGUAAUUAACUAAGCUUGACUGCUUGAGCCAAC